AUGAAAAACCAACAAGUGAACGUAGAUUAUUGGGCGAUGGGUAAGGCUAUGUUCGUGUACGUGGUACUCACUGGAAUGUGUUGGCUGAUGCUGAGGCUGUUUAACGUAAUAUUUAUGCUACCAAGAAGGUUAAGGAACCAACAACAGAACAUACAGCAUACUUUGGAAGAACUUCAGAAACGUUUCCCUGACUUGAACAUAACGGAAGAAGAUCUGAAGAACGCUGAAAAGGAACUAGAAGAAUACGUUAAUGAAGAGACGAAGAAAGAAGAUGAAAGUAACAAAGAAACACCGCAAAUAGAAGACAAAAAAACAAUUUAA